UUGAGCUCGCUUAAAACCGGUAAUAAUCGUAUAAAAAUAUUUAGAUGUCACGUACACCACUAUUAAAUCAAGAUGACGUUUUCUUGUCUCUGACGAUUUCUUUUGCUUGAACCCGGUUGAAUAUAAUGGCUCCACCACAGCCCAAAGCGGUGGCCAAGCCCGCCGCAGCCCCAGCGGGCGGAGUCCAGAAAGCCAAACUUGGCAAGCCUAGAAAUUAUGAUCUGGGAAAUGGAGUUGUACGUUUCUCCAAGACUAAAAUGUUCCACAAGAAGGCCAAAUACAAGUUUGUUGGCAAGAAGAACCCCAAAGCUGAGAAGGCCAAGAAGCCCACAGUGGUCGUGAAGCAGAUUGGUGGUGAGAAGAACGGAGGCACCCGCACUGUGCUGCUCCGCCGCAGAAGGUCCUUCUAUCCCACCCAGGAUAAGAUCACCCCUCGCCCUCACCACAAGACGUUCAGUAAGCACGUGCGCAGGAUCCGUCCCAACCUGACUCCCGGCACUGUGUGCAUUCUCCUCGCCGGCAGACACGCUGGCAAGCGGGUGGUGCUCGUCGGAGUGCUGCCCAGCGGACUUCUGCUUGUCACCGGACCGUUUGUUUUCAACUCGUGCCCGCUCCGGCGCGUGCCCCAACGCUACGUUAUCGGCACCUCCACCAGCGUGGACCUCGGCGACUUCCAGCUGCCCGCGCAUCUCGACGACGGCUACUUCAAGAAGAACAAGAAGAGCGCCAAGAGGACGGUGAAGCGCAAGACUGGGGAAGACAUCUUCGCCACUAAGAAAGAGAAAUACGUUCCAUCUGAGCAGCGCAAGGCUGACCAGAAACUGGUGGACGAGGCGGUGAUCAAGGCGAUCGGCAAACGAGCUGACAAGAAGACGCUGCGUGGAUACCUCAAGGCGGCGUUCGGUCUCCGUUCCAGCCAAUUCCCGCACCGACUGCGCUUCUAGAUGUAAGGAUAUUAUUUGUCAGUAAAUUUUAUUGGCGAA